AUGGCCUAUCCUAAGCCCCGCCUAUUUGCAAUUCUGGAGCAGCUUCAAGCAGUGGGGAACACAGGCAAUCGUCCCUCGCUCAUUCAACAUUAUUUUGUUGAGCACCUACGGAGCUCAAUAAAUCCUUUAGAGCAGAAAACUGAACAACACAACCGUUUCGAUGUGCGAGCAGGAAGGAUCUGUACGGAGAGAGAGUACCCUCACCACGCGACUCUCCCGGGGGAGCUUAGCCACAGCUCACUCGGGCCACACUGUGCCUCGGCGCCUGGAACCUCCACCAGUAACGGUGGCGCACUCUACCCUCAAGCCGAGGACCCUCGGGGCGCCCGCAUGCCAGGUGCCUCUUUCUCAAGCUCCCCCACCACGCCCCCAGCCCUGGUAGCGUGGCCAAACCCGUCGCACCACGCUCGCCGGACUAGCCCAGGCAGGGCGCCCCCUACCCGCC